AUGGCUUCAUCUUCUGAAGAUCUUUCACGUCGGCCCUACGCACAUAGGACAGCAGCUACUCCUACGAAGCAUGCCCUGACCCGAUCUCAAUCCAGCUCCGUCUCCCCAAAGAGAGCAACACUUCCUCCAAUUCAGACAAUCAUUCAAAUACCAGAGGACCAAGUUUGGGGCCUUCGGAAAGAAGAUCUUCGCAAUUACUUUCUCGCCCUUCAAGGAUACAUUCUUCAUCCCUAUCCCUUGGGUCCCUUGUCUCCGCCACCGACAAAUCUCGAGUCUAAACCGUCCGGACCAGCAGACCUCCCACCACUUCUAAAAUUGCCUAUUGAAAUUAGGACGCUGGUCUACACCCAUCUACUUCCUCCUUCCUGCUCUCCUCCGAUCCGAGGUCCUCAUCCCAGACAAUUGCAAAAUUACAUCCAUCUCUCUCAGCCCAUACCAUCUAACCUCUUACGUCUCAAUCACCAAAUCCGUUCGGAAGCCCUUCCACUGCUAUACGGUUCUCCUAGUCAAACCGUAUACAUAAAGAUCGAUUACAACGUCUGGGUUCACAAAACCCGCCGUUCAGACCUUAUCCUCACCUCCGCCCUAACCUCCUGCAUCAGAAACAUCAAUCUUUCCAUCCACCUGGGUUCCGAGAAACGGGCUAACAGACCAGUCGGUGAAACCUACGCCAGGUUGCAAGAGGUAAAAAAAGGCAUUAAAAAGCUUGACAAGUGGCUAUCAGGGGCCGAUAUCCAGAGAAUGGAAAUCAGCUGGCAGGAGCCACCGCAAACUUUUACCUGGCCACAGAAAAAAGAAGUACUGGAUGGGUUAAGAGCUAUUCGGGCAGUGAGUGUGCUUCCUGGAGAAAUUAAUUGGGGUUUGGAUUGGAAUAAGGGGCGGAGAUUUAGAUUUGAGGUUGAAUAUUUGAAAGAAUUGGAAAGGGUAGAGCAAAGUGAUUGA